AUGAGUUCGCCUCAGUCUGCGAUCACACUUGUCCAAAAGAAGGGGGCGCUCGUCCCACAACGAUCGGAACGUAAAUCGACAUUAGAGGCAAACGGCUACACUCUUGGAAAAACUUUGGGCGAAGGGGCAUACGCUAAGGUGAAGUUGGCCAUUUCUACAAAACAGAACUGUCAUGUCGCUAUAAAGAUCAUCAAUAAACGACGCGCAUCAAAGGAGUACUUGGCAAAAUUUUUACCACGCGAAAUUCAGGUUCUACAAAGGCUCAAGCAUCCAUAUGUGACAAAAUUCUACGAAGUGAUCGAAACACAGACGAAAGUCUUUCUGAUCAUGGAGUAUGUGGAAAAAGGAGACUUGCUCGAAUAUCUCAACAGCAGCGAGGAACUGCAAGAGGCGGAAAUACGCAGACUAUUUCAGCAGCUAGUUUUGAGUGUAGGAUACUGUCACAAGGAGAAAGUUGUUCAUCGUGAUAUUAAGUGCGAAAAUAUAUUACUUGAUAACAAGGGACGUCUGAAAAUUACUGACUUUGGUUUUGCGACAAGCACUUACAAAAGCAAGCCACUGGAGACAUUUUGCGGUUCAUUUGCCUACGCAUGCCCACAAAUCUUGCGAGGCGAAAAAUACGAUGGAAUGGCAGCAGACGUGUGGAGCAUUGGAGUUGUUCUGUAUGCACUGAGUUGCUCAAGAUUGCCUUAUGGUGACGAUGAACUCAAGGUGUUUGUCAAGAAUGAAACACCCAAAAAAUUAAUGUUCACCAAAAAUGUCACUAAAGAGUGUCGCGAUCUGAUACGUCGAAUGCUGGACCCUGACGAGAAAACUCGCAUCACGUGCGACCAAAUCCUGGAAUGUGAUUGGUGCAAACAAGACAUGGAUAAAGUGAUCAAUGAGAUGCGAAGACCCUCGCUAGCAACCGAUGUGCCCCCUCCUGUUGUGAGUAGUCGUCGCCGAUCAACGCGUACCCCAAAUCCACCCACACUUCCGGAAAUUCCUCCGUCUGUAGGUGAUGAAAAACGCAUGUCUAUGGCAGAGCCAAGUCAAAGAAGAAUGAGUUUUAAGGAUGAAGUUUCAACAAUUGCAUCCACGAUGGCCAACAAAUCCCGAAAGAAACAAUAUCAAUACGACGAAAGCUACAAGUCUCAAGGACAAUCAGAGAGGCGGCGUAGUUCUCUCGUCAGCGAUGUUGUGAACGCAGAAAAGUGUUUAGUGAAUCAAAGAAGAAGACAAUCAAUCACAGAAAGAAAGAAGUCUCUCGCUUCUGAUGUAAUGAUUACGUCACCUGAACAAGCUGCGAUCAACGCCAGAAAACAGUCCUGGACACCAGCGCACGCCGGGCACAAGACAUCAAGCGAUUACCACAGCGUGAAGAACAACGAAGAGGAAAUCUUGGAGAUGACAAAACGAGGUAUUGAGAAAGAGUUGGGUGGUCUAAAACACACGACAGCAGGAGUAGCUGCAAGAAUGGCAGCCGAGGCGACGCACAUCGAGAAGAAAAAAGAAAAAGAAAUCGAAGCACAAGCAAGCAUUAGAAAAGUCGUUAGUAGAACGAAAUCCAAAGAAGGCGGGAAAUUCGGAAAAUUUAUGAAAAAAUGCGCGAAGAUUUGUAAGCAACCUUCUAAGAACAAGUAA